AUUUCUCUUAUCUUUCCAGACAACUAUUACGGCACACCGAAGCCUCCAGCAGAACCAGCUCCAUUAUUGGUAAAUGUAACUGACCAGAUCCUUCCAGGUGCCACUCCUGGGGCUGAAGGCAAACGUAAGAGGAAUAAGUCUGUGAGCAAUAUGGAGAAGACAGGUAUUGAACCACCUGAGGAAGAAGAGGAAGAAAGACCUGUGGUCAAUGGAAAUGAUGUGACAGUAACACCAGAAUCAAGCGAACAUGAAGACAAGAGCACAGGUGUCUCAGGUGAAGUAUCUUCUACCCAACCAUGCCCUGCACCAGGAUAUACUCAGCCUGAAGAAGCAAAGGAGGAUAUGGAUGUAACAAAACAAACAAAGCCUGAAGAGAAUGAUGACUUGGGCCCACUGCCUGAUAACUGGGAAAUGGCUUAUACAGAAAAAGGGGAAGUCUACUUUAUUGACCAUAACACAAAGACAACAUCAUGGCUGGAUCCACGACUUGCGAAAAAGGCUAAACCUCCAGAAGAGUGCAAAGAAAAUGGUAGGUUAUUAAGUUUUCGUUGCUGCUCAGAGGGGAUUUGCCUUUGUGUGUGUGUCUCUCUCAGUUCUUACAAAAAUCAGGCAUUUGGGGGAAUGAUGAAAGGUGUUUAAUUGCUGCUUUGGUUACAAGCCAUAAGUGAUACCAAUUCUCAGUGUGCCAUGUGUUUCUGCUUUUUAUUCCCCUUUCUGAUGCUAUCCAAAGCUGAGGAUCACAAGUGUGUUUUCUGCCUGUUGUGUGUGUGUGACUCCGGGACUGACCCUCUCCCUCAUCUCCUACGGAGAACUUUGGUCUGCAGAACAGAAUCCCUUUUCAGAUUCUGAGCUUUUAAUCUACAGGCGAUUCAAUGCAUAAGGGAAGCUAGCAGCACCGUGGGAAUAUGAAUAUUGUUUGAUUUGUAUUUAAAGGUACAGUGCUAUGCUGUUUAGUAGCCAAUUUAAACAAAAUAGCGUCUGAUAAAGCACCGUGUGGGAGGGAGAAAAUAGAUCUGUGUCUGUCCGAGUUUGUGACUGCAUUUGGGGGUACUGCGUUGUUAAGGCUUUUAAAUUUAUCAGUGUAAAUAGCAUGGGGAUGCUUAGAGGAGCUGCGGCUGAAAUGCAGGAGAGAUGAGUUGUAUAUCGACUAACUCUACAAGAGAGAUGGAAUACACAUCUCCUCAAACUACUGCUUAUGCACUCAGUAUGAUUUUUAUUUUUCCUCUAGUAAAGUUUCAGGAAUCAGAAUCAUUUAAUAAAGCCAAAUUAAAUAUGCACAGUGGUGGAUCUUUUUCUGAGGAGUUUUGUUUUACUGUUUAAUACUUCAGUGUUAAUUAAAUGAGCCAGUUAAGAAGGAAUGAUUUCUAAAGAAUGCUUCUUGUUUUGCUAUUAUGAGAUAUAGAGAAUUAGAUGCAUGCAUGCUAUUUACAUUAUCUCAAAGCAUUUUAGUAUUUUAAACUGACUGAUAGGCUUUCAUGUACUGCGUCUGAUUUAUUUUAAAUUUUUUAAAAUGAUUACAUUGUUUAAUGUAGAUAUUAUUAAUUGAAAGAAAACUCAGUGCAAUUUUGGGCUGAUAAAGUGUCACUGAAGAGUUGCUGGUUGUGUGAAAUUUAGGGGUAAUGAUUUGAUAUAAACUGUUCCAUUUUUGCAGACGACUUCUUUUUUGAAAGGUUGCUUUAUUCUAAAAAUCCCUUCCUUAUUUCAGCAGUAAUUCUGACGUUCUCUUCUGACAUCAGAAAUUAUAUGUCUGAAUGAUUUUGUGAUGCUUAUUCCAGCACUUACAACAGUAGUCCCUGGAGUAAAUUCUGUACUGAAAAGUGUUACUGAAACAAAACAAGGGCACAGGAAUUCUGUAUUAUAGAUCUCUCUAAUUACAUAUAUGAAGGAAUACUCACAGAAAAACCAGGAGAAAAAUCUAGCUAUAUCUAUAAAGUAACAUACCAUAUUACUUGGAGUGAAUGUGUGUUGCUUUUUCUUUUUCUUU